AGCCUCAGUGGUCACUCCAACUCACACCUGUCUGAAGCAUGUUCUGCUGAUGCAUGUCAGUGAGAGUGUCCUGCUUCCAUCUGCUGAGGGACGGGAGCUCCACCUCAGACAUCUCGCUCGACCAAUGACAGCCCCAGCGGUCGCCUGCCAUCCUGCUCUCGUGACCCAGACUCCGCAGGUCAAACGCCUGCACGACUGAGUCGGUUGAAACAGCCGCCCAUCACCUUCCCCACCUGAUGCGGUGAACAGGGAAGCUGUCUUGGUGACAGCUCCCCCCUCCCCCUCCCCUGUCCCCCGCUCCUGACUCUGGAUUUGCAGCGUGACCUUUCACCCAGAUAGCGGGGCUGGAGGUGUAAAGCAGCUCAGCCUCUUGUGUCCGGCUGCAUGCGUUGUUUGAAAGCUCGAGUCACGUAACCCUCUUACGUGUCCCAACACUGGCUCAGCCUCCUCUUCCACUCACAUCACACACCCCCAUUCACAUGUUGGUCUCCUGCUUGCGAUUACUCUGGAAUCAGGGCCCUGAUUGGCUGAGCGGCAGGGCACUAAAGCUGCCCGAGCGCAGGGCAGGAGGCCAGGAGGCCAGGCUCCCACACACCACACCACCACUGAGAGGAGCCAGGGCAUGGACCAGCGUGUGCAGAGCCCUUGAUCGCUCAGGUCCCUGUCAAGGAUGGACGCGGCCACCGCGGGGCAGCGCGCCCGCUCGGACAGCGUGAGCAGCACCACGUCGACAGGCUCCAGGACCAGGACACUUCUCCGCCAGCGCCUGACUCAGCUGCUGACCCGGAUAGAGGACAUGAGCUCCGACGACGAGGCCAGCCAAGAGGUCUCUCGCACUCUGGACGAGGCCUAUCAGCUGUGUGAACGUUUGAUCCCCACUGAAGUGUUCAGGUUGCACAUGCUCACCUGGAACGUAGCCACGGCCGAGCCGCCGGAGGACGUCUCGUCUCUGCUCCAGCUGGACGUCCAGCCAGCCACCGACCUCUUCGUGAUUGGCCUGCAGGAGGUGUCCGCCACGCCCAUCAGGUUCAUCUCCGACCUCAUCGUGGAGGACUCGUGGACCCACGCCUUCAUGGACACCCUGGCACCGAGAGGGUUCGUGAAGGUGAGCUCGGUGAGGAUGCAGGGGCUGCUGCUGCUGCUCUUUGCUAAGCAGAACCACCUGCCCCACAUCAGAGACGUCCAGACCACCUACACUCGGACCGGCGUCUUCGGCUACUGGGGGAACAAAGGGGCCGUGUCGGUGCGCUUCUCCUUCUACGGUCACAUGGUGUGCUUCCUGAACUGCCACCUGGCGGCGCACUUGAGCAACAUGCUGCAGCGUGUAGAUGAGAUGGAAUACAUCCUGGAGACUCAAGACUUUGAGAGCGCCGACGCACCGCACGUCCUGGACCACAAGGUGGUGUUCUGCUUCGGAGACUUGAACUUCCGUAUCGCGGACCACGGGCUCCACUUCCUGCGCUCGUCCAUCAACAAUGGCCGCCUUCACCUGCUGUGGGACAGAGAUCAGCUCCUCACCAUGAAGAAGAAGGAGCCCUUCCUGCAGGAAUUCCAGGAGGGGCCUUUGAACUUCAGCCCCACCUAUAAGUUCGCCCGCAACUCUCAAUCCUACGACACCAGUGCGCAGAGGACCUGGUUGGGCUUUGACGGUAAGAAGAGGAAGCCAGCGUGGACCGACCGGAUCCUGUGGCGUGUCAAACCCAAGAUCCUACCAUCGGAGGAGGAGGACGACAGGACUUCGGUGACCACGGACGACGGGCAGGAUGAGUAUCCCCUCUACGUCCACCAGGAUAAGUACACCUCCGACAUGAGCUACGGCAUCAGCGACCACAAGCCUGUGAUCGCAACCUUCAGUCUGGAGAUGAGGAAGUGCUGGGACACUCCUCUGGUGCAAGUGUCUCCUGAAGGCGUGUGGAGCGCAGACCAGGACGCUGACCUCCACUACACCGUCCUGGAAGAUUUCAUGUCCUCCACCUGGGACUGGAUUGGACUGUACAAGGUGGGGUUCAAGAGCGCGUCGGACUACGAGACGUUCGUCUGGGUUCGAGCCGACAAUCUGCCAGAGGUCCACGAAACCAUUCAGGUCACCGUGGACAAGGACGAGGUCCCUCUGCUGGGCGGGAACUUUGUUCUGGGCUACUUCAGCACCAACAUGCAGAGCAUCGUCGGCCUGAGCGCCAGCUUUGAGAUCCUGGAGUCCAAACGUGCCGUCAUGGAGGGGCUGGUCCCAGAGAACCUUAAUGGACUGCACAAGUAAUGUCCCUCACGGAUCGACUCCAGCUGAGGCGCGAGUGAUCGGAAAAUGUUUGUGUUGAAAAAAGGUUCUUGUAAGUGUGAGGAGGAGGCGCAGGUGUGUGAGGGAGGGGGAGGAACCUUGAUCAAAGUAGUGCCGCCGCUUCACCGCCGCUCUCAGUGACAGAGUCUCUUGGUUUGCCUUAGUUCUUGUACACAACCUGAGACGUGGAACAAGCGAUGACAUGACAAUGAAGUGAUCAGUGAUGGAGUGGAGCCUCAGAGCUGCCGUUCACAGUUCUGUGUUGGACUCCCAGCUGUGGAAAUGAUUCAAUAAAUGCUAUUCA